AUUCUGAAUUUGUUGAACACUCUUUUAGCUUAAUGAAUUUAAAAGAAGAUUUAAAAGGUAAUAAUAAAAGUUAUAGUGAAUAUAAGAAAGUCUCAGAGGGUAGUUAUAAAAUAUAUAGUGAAUAUAAGGAAUUAGAAGAAGAUUUGAAGUUUAAUAAUAAAUAUGAAGAUUUAAUUAAUGCUGAAAAUCAUAAUGCAUUUGCAAAUGCAAAAAAAUUCAUUCAACAAGAUAUUUCAGAUGAAGAUAAUUGGAAAAAUAUAAGCAAUACAGAAA